GUGCUGUCAGAUGCUGAAUUAUUGAACUAGCUGAACCUUCUGCAUUUAUUUCUGAUGUUCAGAAAGGCCUAAAGGAAAGCAGAGGGCUGGCAUUUCUGUUACAGUGUUUUAAGGUAAGAUGUGACUUCUUUUGCUGGGGGAAAGAGAGAUGAUAAAUAUGAAGAUGGAGGCUCACGGACUGUCCCAGUCUUAUCUCUUGCUCCAUAAGUAAACCAUGCUGUUGUGGUGUCUGUGUUGUGUGUAACACUGGGCCAGACUGUCAGUAUCUGCCUGUAAGGAUAAAAUAUCACCUCAGUAAGCUAAAAAAUGAUGCAGUGAAGAAAAUAACUUGUCAUCUUUUCCUGGAUGACCAGUUCUAUUUAUACAUAUACCUUUCCAUUAGACUGCCUUAAUGCUUUACCUACAUAUUAAUAAAGUUCUAGUAGUGAAACAAUUUAGUCUUCUGUCCCUGUGGGAUGUUGGGUUGAGACAUGUUCUUCACCAACAAAAUACAGGUAAGAAAAACCAAAGACUAAAAAAACAAAUGAAACUAUAGAACUGUAGCUGACGUAAGUGACCAUUCUACUCUAACCAGAGGUGCUGUACUGUUGUUGCUUUCAUUAAUUAACACAUGCCUGUAUUUUGCACCUGUAUGUUCAGGUUCUUAUCUUCAUUUUCUGCUCCAUGGUAGUGCUGCUGUGCUUUUUGACCAUCUCUGUUGUGCACAUCAUAUGCACAACACAAUCUUUCCACUGCAGAGACAUCUGGGUAAGCAGGGGCUGUGCCUGAAUUAAGCUUGUGGUAAGCCAGGCUGAGGGAACUAAUUGCUUCGUGAAGGGCCUCUUUGCUACUGAGCCCUUGGGUUCCCUCAUGUUUAGCUGUUUUCUGGAGUGAUUGCUGACUCCUUAUUUACUUUGAGGAACUACUGUCUCCCUCUUUGCUGCGUGCACUGUAGUGUGCUGUGGGUUUGGGUGAGAGCAUCUAGAACUUACCUCUUGAAGGGUAAAUACAUGUCUCUGGUCACUGUCUGAGCUAGCUCACUGCAGUUUAAGUGCUGUCUUGUGCAGGCAGACAGACCUCAGGCUAGCUCCUUUCACACCAAUUCUGGGCUCUCACUUCUACAUUUCUUUAGGAAAGGCACUUGAAGUGAAUCCAGUCUUUUCUGUUAUCAAAUAACUACUUUCUGCUGGCAUAAAGCACCCACAACUGCUUCUAGGCCCCACUACAGGACUGCAGCUGGCAGGGAGAAGAAACUCCUUAAAAAAGGCUAAAAAAGGAAACUUGUCACUGCACUGAGGUUUGUCCCAGUUCCUGUCUGGCUGUGUGCCACUGCCAUGCCCUGGCUGUGGAGAGGUGCACACACAGCCAAGGACAGCCUUCUGGGCAGAGGGGAUGGGGAUGUGUUGGAUGGCUUUGCUCAUCCCUGACCUGCUACCCUGUGUGGGGUGGGGACAUAUGAGUAGCCACAGCUUGGCUGUGGGGGGGCAUGUGGGAGAGUAUGUGAGGUGCAGAGAGAGAAAGGAAGAAAUUUUGAGGAGGUGUGCGGACCAAGGAAGAGUGUGAGUACAGGAAGACUGGAAAAAUCCCCUGGCUGUCACAGGGAUGAAGUAUCAGUGACUGCCUGGCUUCUCCUUGGGAAUGAUGGGAUGCAACAUCAUGGUUAAGGAGAAGACUCCUCCAAUUUCAGCUCUUGUCACAGGGCUGUGACAGCAGAGUGUCCAUCUCAGGUCCGUACAGGUGCUCUGCUGCUCUGACACACUAGCAUGGCAGCCGUAAUGCUGGAUAUGUGAGUUGUAAGUAGCAUCCUCCAAACAGACUGUUUAAUGAUGGCAUUUGGUGCUUCUCUGAACUGUGCUGAAUGCCACGAUCAUGUGUGAUAAUGGGAGAGAAACAGCAGCCUUCAUAAAAUCAACUUUUAAAAGCCAAGGUUACCUCACUGGGAUUAUCUGGGAUUUUUCAAUGCCAGGGCUUGCAGCCUUCAUUUAAACAAGUAUUUUAUUUCACUCCAAUAUCCUCAGACUUCAAAUCAGCAGUUUUGUUUUUCACAGCAGGACCUCAAGCUACUAAAUGACAAAAACCUUGUGGUUUCUUUCUCUGGCAGGUUUAACUAAAAAUAUCUAGCAGCUACUUUCCUUAGCUAAGUGUAGGUUUUUACAUUUCAACUUGUUCAUGGGGAAAACAGACUUAAUAACAAACCUGAGUAGAUCUUGGUACAACAUAAUCCAGGGUGGUUUCUGCCUGUAGAGAGCAGACAUUGCAACUUCACAGGGGUACAAUAUAGGAACAACUUUAGCAAACGUGGAGUCAUUUGUUGCUGUGGCACAGGUUAUAUUGAAGCUUAGUCAAGCCUGAUUCCUGGCUUCCAGAAUUUUUCUGGGCUCAUUGGAGCAGUUAAAUCGCUUUCACAAUGAUUAAUGAAGCUCUGGUUAGCUCCAGAGAUCUGAGAGUUUUGAGAAAGCAUACCUAUUGUAGGUGAAAUUAGAUUUUGUUACAUAACAGUACAGACCUGCGUUAGAAAAUUCAGUUUUGCAAAUCUAGCUGUCAUUGAUCAGUUGUCUCCCUCUUCACACCCACAAAUUCAGUGACAUCUUAUUUGGCCAGACAUAUCCACAUGAUGAGCUGGUAACAGAUGUGGCUCAAGUACUGUCCCUUGCAUCCCUCCUGCUCAUAGUUUUGGCUGUGCUCAGUGUGCCACAAACCAGUCACACAGCCCAGCCCUGCUGUAUUACACUCUUCACCCUUCCACACAAUGAGUUUUCCAGGCAGGAACAUUAUCUUACCACACCAGCUAUGUGGAGAGUUCUGUGGGCUCCUGUCUGAAGUAGAUCACUGCUUGUAUGAAGAACAUCCCAAAUAUCCUUGCUGAUGUUUCUAGAGAGAUGAUGGGUAGCAGAAACAGCUGCAGAAGCUUGCAGUGACCCAAACCCUUGGUGAAGCUGCCAUCCAUGCUCUGAACCUGACGGGGCACAGGAAUCCAAGGUGAAGAGCUUCUUUGAGGCUUUCUGGUGACGACUAUAGCAGAGCCUGCAUGGAACCUGAAUGUGUGCACUUGGUGGCAGCAUCCUUUUGCUGUUGUUGUCCAGCUCUUGUGCUCAGAGUGCUUUAAUGCUCAUGUUUCAGAUAUGUAGUGUAAUUCAGUUACACUGAGACUGCUGUGGAAUGAAGAUAUAGGACUGACUGAACAUAACUGGAUUGUGCUGUACCAUUUUUUGCUUAAAGAUGCCUGCUGAGGAACCCCACUUCCAGCUUGUCUACUGGUUCUGUAAAUGUAAUGAGGAAACUUCAGUGUGAUAAUUAGUUCUUUACGCUGAUGAAAGCCCUGCGUGUGCUUUUCUGAUUUAUGAUGUGUGAAGGAUUAAAAAAAUCUGUUAAUCUUCAGAGCUACCUAAAUGUAACCAAAACCAGUCAGAAUCAUCUUUUUCUUAGCUCUUUUGUUAUCAGGACUUGAGCAGUUCAGUCCUUGUCUUAGGAUUUCUGGUGACUGGUAGUCAAUUUCUAGUACUGAAAAUAAAUUCUUGCUUCAGGUUUUAAAUAAAUUCAGGGUUUUGAGUUGUUGCAUGUAGAUAACCUUUUAAGCUAUUUAUAUGUAAGGCAUAAGAGCAACUGAUUUUGCCUUCUGCUAAAUGUACUUCUGCUUUUCUAAAGGAGAUGCUUUGUCCACUGAGAGCUGUGGCUCGGCAUGCUAAUAAAACUCACUUUAUGCCUUUAAAAUGUUUAUUCAGAGUGGCCUGGCUAGCUUACAGUAGCUGUGUGGGUGGACUGUCCUUGAAUUUUGUAGACUUAAUUUAGUACUACACAAUACCUAGUUAUGGAAAACAGCUAUAAAUUGUCUGUGCGCAGCCAUGCAUUAUUGAUAAAGGGUAGAAUGAGCUCCACAAUUCCUUUACUUGAUGUUGUUAGUGCAACAGCUGGCUGAUUUAAGAUUUUUUUUCCCCCCAUUGGCUGCAAAAUGUCUCUUCAUUUUCAACUCUGAAUUUGCUCUUGAAUCUUGAUUUGUGUGGGUGGCAAAGUUUGCAUUUGCUCCAGUGCAAGUAAAUACAAUAGAAACGUAUCCACAGAGAAGAAACAAGCUGAGUGCUUGGGAGAGCUAGGAAGGCAGUAAGUCUGACUGUAUGCUGAGGAUAAAACUUCUUAGGAUUGUCACAAUGCUCAGAAGUGCAGAACGGAGCACAAGGUGCCACAGUAAAUUUCAAAACAAAUAAAUCCUUUAAUAUACAUGAUUUGACACAUGCUUGGAGAAGGUGCUUUACUGUGAGCCAGGUGUGCUUUGUAAUUCCAGUGUUCCUUCAGAGUUUAUGAAAAAACCUCAACAGUCUCAAGUUUCUCAAGAUGAUUUUUCCUGUUGACACCUAAGAUGAGUGUCUACAGAACUUGAUUUACAUAUAAAGCUGUGCUGUAAACUGAGUGGUUCUUUCCCUGUAGUUGAACAAACAUACAAUGAGCUGCUCAGCAGACUAGAAGUUAAUAAAUAAAGUAGUGAUAAAAUAAAUUAAAAAGGAACUUGUUGGCAAAUCUAUCCAAGUCUGCCUUUCCAGCAGAUAACACUGAAGCUUGUUUUUAUGCUAUAAUUUCUGGAAUGGUAGCUUCCCACAGAUUAUUAUUAUUCCUGUAUCACAGCAAGAAUAUACAAUAUGUGGCAAACAAAUACUGACUUUGAAUAGUGACUUAUUUUGCUGCUAUUGUCUGAGUACAGGUUCUUCAGUAGAAAUGUUCAAAACCUCUGUGUACAGAUUUUUUUUUCCUUAUGGAAUGUUAAGGUAGCAAAGCACAAAUAUAUGUGAUCUUUAGAAGCUAUACUGAUGUUUAUAAUGCUGUGUUCUGUGGGGAACUGCUAUGCACUAGUUUAGCCUUCCCUAUUUUUACAGCCUUGAAAGAUGAGAAGUUUUAAAUAACAAAGUAAUUAGGCUGGUUGCGUAGUUUCAAAAAGGAGGCAGGAAAAAUUAACAGAGGGAAGGCCUAACGUGAUUUAGAGAGCCGUGCUAGGGAUUUACGUCAAGAAUAACUCACUCUUCAAGUUUAUUUUCUGGAAAUUGUGGGGUAAAUCAAAUGCAAAUGAUUAAAAUGCAGAAUUCUUACUGACUGCAUAAAUCUUAACUCCUUCAGUAAUAAUACAGAGUCAUUUAUCUUAAGGAGGUCAUGGGGCUGUGAGGAUUUAAACAAAAGCAUCAACAACUUGAAGUGGAUAGUUUUGAUGACAAAGAUUGUGAAUUUUGUGGCUUGCUUAGAAGGCUCCUGUGGAAGGGGAAUAGGAGGUUUUCCACAAAUCAUCUGAUUGAAUCCAUUGAUUUUGUCCUGUGGAUGAAAUGUCUGUAACUCAGGCACAAUGUAGGCAACUAAAAAUUCUGUACUGGUAGAAAAUUGAUUUGAUUGUACAGAAAAUACAAGCAAUUGGACGCUUGCAUGCUUCUAAAACCUUGAUUUUUUUUUUUGGAUGCUAGUUCCUUUUCAGUUGCAUCAAAAUAUAGGAUACUGACUUUUUUGUACGUCUAGCAUAGGAAUUAAAGACACUCUUCAACUUUUUUUGUUUUUUGAAAGGCACUGAGUCAAAGUACUGCUUCUGAAAGCAUGGGGUAGGAGGGUAAAACCUGUGUGGUCGCAUCCAUCCCCACCCAGGUGUAGCACCAGCUGCUCUGUCUAUGACAAGUUGCUGCAUGCUCUAAUAUGAGGGGGAAAGCACCUGCUCUUUCUAUUCUCUUCUCUCUUGGUACAAAAAGAUGCAUAAACUUGUUUGGGUGGGACAAAUUUCAGCGGUCUCUUUCUGGCCUGAUCAGCACUGCAAAACCUGUCUAGGUUGCAGUGUGGCUGCCUUGUGCACUGGUUGCCUCCCUGUUUUAAGCCUGCAGCGUGGCAGCUUGUAGCCACACCACCAGGUGAAGCCCUGGGUGGGAUCGGUGCUUGUUGCAGAGAGCAGCUCAGUUCUUGUCUGCAGCCCAAGCACCAGAUCUUCCUGCCAGGUGAUAGGGUAUCUUGUGUCUCACAGGUACACUCGUGAAAUCUGUUCUUUUUCUUUAUAUGUUGCAUUCCUCUCUACUAAAUUUGAAGGAUAAUGAGUUGCCUGCUUAAUUGAGGGAAUUAUCAUGGCAGUGAUGCUGUUACCUGCUCAGAGGAGACCUGCAGUGAUGUAAACUGAUUCUUACUAAGAACCUUCAGUAAAUACUUAGCCCGAACUAACUUUCAGCUGUGAGAGCAGUGAAUUUUCUGCAAAACUUGCUGUAAGUGGAGCAAUGUCCUUGCCUAAUGACCUUAUAGCUAACCGUGCUUUGUCCUUCUAGAAGCUGUAUUUGUGCAAUGAAGUUGGUGAGCCCUUUCCUUUUGCGGAGAGCAGAGCAGUUCUCAGCACUCUUCUCCCAACAACCCUACUGACAGGAGACUCAGCAGUAUGCCAAGGAGUGUUACCCAUCUGCUAUGUAGCACAUACAGCCUCUGGGUGCACUCCUGCCCUCUACCUCUUCUUCCCCCACCUCUCCUCCUUUUCAUGCUACUUUCAACGAGGUGUGCUAGAAUGGUUUUGCAGAUUUUCCCAGCGUGCAUUAAUGCAAACAUGGCUAAGCUGUAUGUGGUAUAAACAAGCGUGGUUAGAAGUAGCAGGGAAAGUGCUGUGUAGAUAGAAACUGAACUGUGUUGUUUGAGAGAAUGGUUGCGCCUCCAACUAAUUACAAAAUAAUUGAAUAAGCAGUUACGAGUUGCCUCACUGCAAAUUAAGUAUCUGAAGCAUGAUCUGUUUUUUUUAGUUGCUGCAGUUUGCUUUCAAAUGGAAAAUGAGUAAAUAAGUUCUGGAUCCAGCAUAAUCCUCAGCUGUUCUUCAAGAUUUCUAAUUCAUUUUAGUUUAAUCCAGGAUAUUGUUGUGCACCUGGAAUACUGUGCUGUCAAUAUAGAUUUUAUUUACAUUGUUUAUACUGUUUUUGAUAGGUUCCUGUAGUACCUUUACAAGAAGGGUAGUGUUGGAAAGUAAAGCUAAAUACAGAAUAGAUUUUUGAGGCUGGAGAACUCCCAUGUUAAGAGAACAUCAGUAAUGAAAGGGCUUAACGUGUAGUGAUGCUGAAGGAAUUUUUUCCCCAAUAAUUCUGAAAUAAAUACAGUUUAUGUGGAGUCGUUACCUGGGCUGAGAUGGAAAUGUGAUUUUCUCUGGAGUGAAAUCAGAAGUUUCUUAAGCAAACUGUGUUCCAGCUUUCACUGCCUGCUUUACAUGCUUUGCCUGUUUUUUGACAUCUUUUGCUGCCUUGCUGUCAUGCAGUGGCUGCUGAUGAGGGACCUCGGCUGUGUCAGUAGAGAUGCAUCAGCAGUGAUAAAACAUGUUUUCCUUGAUAACAAAGGCUGCGCAGGGAACCAGGUACGCGCUGUUGCUUCACAAAUAUCUGUGUGGAAGUCCAGAUGCUAAUGUCACGUGCAUGCCAGAUAGAUCUGAGCACAGGGACUUAGUAGUUGUCAUAGCAGAGUGCAGUCAAGUCACCAUGAACGUGAGGCUCUGGCUCCAUUCUCCAGCAGCUUCUCCCUCUGUGGUGUGUGUUGUUCUGCUAGUUCCUCCUGGAGGACAGAGAAGGGGGAGCAUCUGCACAGCAGCGUGCAAAAGGCUCAGUAUUAGGAGUGACUAAUAGCCAUUGGGCUUCGAAAGUUCUCCAAAACAUCUGAGUUAAUUCUCUGAAAAGUGAGUAGGUAAUACUGUCUUUCCGAUUUUCUUUUUUCCCGAACUAAUUUUCAAGCUACUGAACACCUUCAAAAGGGUGGGUGGAAAAUAUAUUUUCAGAGAUGCUGGAGUCUGGCCAUGAUUCCCAAAGGGAAAAACAGUUCCCAUGCCAAAUGUAGAAGGGUGGCAAGACAUCUCAUUUUAAAUCUGCCUUUGGGGAAGGAUGGAUUAUUGCACGUUCUGGCCAAAUUAAAAAUUGUAGAAAGGAGGGGAAGGUGUUUUCUGACAGGUUACUGCUCAUUGGUGAGUAAUGCUGCUAUCUCAACUUGUUUCUGUCACAUCACUUCACGUUAACUGCUCCCUUCAUUUUGUUCUGAAUUCUUUAGUGUAAAAUUAAGUACCAACUUCCCUCUGUUUUAAGAGGGGGAGAAAAUGGUGUAUUUCAAGAAGGUUCUUGGCACUUUAAUGAGAAAUGGUGAAGGCAGGAGAGUGCCUUUCAAACUUGUAGUAAUUAAUGGAAUUUCUGGUUAGGGAGGAGUUUGGCUUGUUUGAUGUAACUUGGCAGCAGAAGUAUGCAUCUCAUUUUCUAUGUGUAUAUUUACUUAACUUUCAGCUGUGCGUUAAAUGUGCCUGUAAAAUUCCUUUUAGUCAUGGCUGAGAUCAGAUUAAACAGGUUGCAUGUCUGGUUGGACUUGAUGCAUGACAUUUGCAUGACGGCUAACAACCUGGCUCUGGAUGUGUCACUGAGCAAACAUGGCCUACCCAGCAAAUACUAAUGGCAGUGCUGCAGAAAAAGAGGAAGUUAUUAUAAAUGGAAAAGAUGAAAACGAACGGAAAUACCCCUAUUUUGUGGAAACACCUUAUGGCUACCAGCUAGACUUGGAUUUUCUGAAGUACGUGGACGAUAUACAGAAGGGGAAUACCAUUAAGAAAUUAAACAUCCAGAAGAAGAGGAAAGCAGUACCAGCCUCCACAAGUACCAAGAACGCUGGUGGCCAUUGUGGCGACUGGACUUCCACAGAGUCUCUCUCUUCUUCUAACAGUGAUGAGAACAAGCAGUCUUUCUUGGCAGCAAGGAGUCAAGUAGUUUCAUCUGCAGCUGUGAGACCAUUGGCUUCCUUUGAGGCAUCUCCCUCCUACUUAACCGUCCCCGAAAGUAAGCAGCUCCCUCCUCCUUCCCCACAGCUUCCUCGGCACAACCUCCAUGUGACAAAAACCCUCAUGGAAACACGCAGACGACUUGAACAGGAGAGAAUGAUGCAGGUAAUGCCAGGAGAUGUCCGUAGGCCGCGACUUUCCAGCUUUGGGGGCAUGGGCUCAACGAGCUCCCUGCCUUCUUUCGUUGGGUCCAGUGGGUACGGUCACUUGCCUCAGCAGCUCCACAAUGGUUACCAGGGGAAUGGAGACUUCGGAGCCUGCUUCGGCUCCUCCUUGGGCAGUUCCAUCCGGCACAGCCCGAUGAGUUCAGGAAUUUCCACACCAGUCACCAACGUGAGUCCAGUGCAUCUGCAGCAGAUCAGGGAACAAAUGGCAAUUGCCCUCAAGCGCCUCAAGGAGCUUGAGGAGCAAGUGAAGACCAUUCCUGUGCUGCAGGUCAAAAUCUCAGUGUUACAGGAGGAAAAGAGGCACAUGAUGGCAGAACUCAAAAGCCAGAGGAAAUCCAGUCAAAAUGACGUCUAUGGCUUCAGAAAAAGAUCGUACAGUGCAGGGAACGCGGAGCAGUGGGAGCACCUGUCUCAGGUGCGAAGAGGAGGAGAACUUUAUAUUGACUGUGAGGAUGAGAUGGAGAGUGCAGAGCAGAGCUCUCGAAGGGUAGAGGAGUUCAGGCAGUUGACUGCUGAAAUGCAGGCUCUGGAGAAAAAAAUCCAGGACAGCAACUAUGAGGUUCCGUCAAACCUUAGAGAAAGCCUGACAAAAGAAAGCCGAUCUGUUGCUGUUGGUGCUGACGAAAACAUGAACGAUGUGGUUAUUUACAACAGAUCUUCAAGGCAACACAGAGAAGUAGCUGUGGGGACAGAGAAAGAAAUGAGAGAGUCUGGGGUUGGGGUGACGGAGGCCAUGCUUGGCUUGUCGACAGAAGUUGAGAAAGAAAUAGAGCUUCAGCAGCAGACCAUUGAAGCCCUUAAAGAAAAGAUUUACAGGCUGGAGGUUCAGUUAAAGGAGACAACCCAUGACAGGGAAAUGACCAAAUUAAAACAGGAGCUGCAGGCGGCUGGAUCUAGAAAAAAAGUAGAUAAAGCCAUGAUGGCUCAGCCCCUUGUCGUCAGCAGAAUGGUGGAGGCUGUGGUACAAAUGAGAGACCAAAUGGUUGGAGACCACGUGCAUGUUGCUGAUUCGUCUGUAGGCAGCCAUUUGCAGAUGAGCAGCGUGGGCACCUCCUGCAGGCCAGCGGUACGGAGUACGGCGGCAGGCCCUGAGCUGCUCAUGAGCCGCUGGCUUGUGAGGGAGAGGGCAGAGAUGCGAGACCAGUGCACAGGGAGGUGCGUGGAGCUGCUUGACAAGAAGGUGGGUGUGGAGACCAGUGUCUGCGAGACAGGCGUCAACACAGAGGAGUCCGUUGGUGACCUGAGUCUCUGCAGGACAGCACGGGAGGUCCGGGAGACGAGGUCGAUCGGCUGCGGGGACUGCUCAGUGGAUGUGGUUGUUUGUGCCCCAAAGGAGUGCGUCUCCCGCCAGACGGCCACAGAGACUGUGUGCAGGGCAGAAGCCACAGUCAUGGCUGUGCCUUCCACUGCCACCCAGCAGACCAGCACGGCUAUGGAGAUGGUGAGCCGAUGCACCAAUACAGAGGCACCGGUGGCAGUGGACUGUGGCACCAACACUGUUCCAAGCAGCCGUGACCAGCAAACCAGCACAGUGAGUGUGGAGAUGCGGACUGUGGCAGUUGGGGACGGCCGGGUGAAGGACAUACACGCAUCUGCUAAAAUGCGUUCGGUUGGAGUAGGGACCUUGCUUUCCAGUCACCCUGGCUUUGAAAAACUCUCUGUGAUAAAAACCAAAGACUGCGGUGUUGGGCAGAUAAACAUUAAUGAGAACUAUCUAGUUGGUCUUAAAAUGAGAAGCAUUGCCUGUGGUCCCCCUCCCCUGGUGGUUGUACCGACCAGUACCAGGAGCAUUGGUGUUGGGGGUGAUCCAGUGUGCGAGUCCGUGAGCAGCCUCCUGGAAAGCCCGCUGCCUCCACCUGAGCUGAGGACGGGCUUGGAUCACUACAUUGAGCGUGUGCAGAAGCUGUUACAGGAGCAGCAGAUGCUGCUUGCCGAAAAUUACAGCGAAUUGGCAGAAGCCUUUGGUGAGCCACACUCCCAGAUUGGAUCACUCAAUUCACAGCUGAUCAGUACCCUCACAUCCAUCAAUUCCGUCAUGAAAUAUGCCAGCACGGAGGAGCUGCGGAGCCUGGACCUUCAGAAACAGUGCAUGGAGAAAAGCACUGCAUCAGGUGCUACCUUGGAAUACAUCCCUCACGGCCAACUUGCAAACACCCACUUAACUUCAAAUUUGCGAGCGCUGAAAUUGGAGCAGGACGCAGUGCCUGCUCAGGAGGAGAAGACGACUCCUCUGGUGGAAGCUGCUCGGGGAAGGAAGUCCUUUUCUUCUCAGGACAAAACUCUAGCUGCAAUUAACCUGACAGAUGACCAGCUUGCCUCUGGCCUUUAUGUGUGUAGUAACAGUGAAAACACACUCAAGUCUAUCAUGAAGAAAAGGGAUGGAAAAAAGGAUUUGAGCAACACCAAGAAGAACCUGCAGUUUGUCGGCAUUAACGGCGGGUAUGAAACUACAUCCAGUGAUGACUCCAGCUCUGAGGAGAGCUCCUCCUCGGACUCAGAGGAAGAAUGUGAGGGCCAUGCGUACCCCCAUGACCAUGUUACGGACGGGGAACACCCCGUGCUUGGUCCCCCAGAGACAAGUGCUGCAGGGACUGCGAAGGACGGGCCUCCCCUGGAAUGCGAGGCUGAGGAGGUGGAGAUCAGGGAGAGGUACGAACUAAGUGAAAAGAUGCUUUCUGCUUGUCACCUGCUGAAAAACAACAUAGAUGACCCCAAGGCAUUGACCAACAAAGAUGUGAGGUUUUGUUUAAAUACCAUCCAGCACGAGUGGUUUCGUGUCUCAAGUCAGAAGUCGGCUGUUCCUGAAAUGGUUGGAGACUACAUAACUGCUUUUGAAGAGAUUUCUCCUGCUGUCCUCAGACAUAUUAUCAAUGUGGCGGAUGGAAAUGGGAACACAGCUCUGCAUUACAGCGUCUCACAUUCUAACUUUGAAAUUGUAAAGCUUCUUUUGGAUGCAAAUGUCUGUAACGUAAACCAUCAGAACAAGGCCGGCUAUACCCCCAUCAUGCUCGCCGCUCUCGCAGCUGUGGAAGCUGAGAAGGACAUGAGGAUAGUGGAGGAACUGUUCAGCUGUGGGGAUGUGAAUGCAAAAGCCAGUCAGGCUGGUCAGACUGCCCUGAUGCUUGCUGUGAGUCAUGGGCGAAUAGAUAUGGUUAAAGCUUUGCUGGCCUGUGGUGCAGAUGUCAAUAUCCAGGAUGAUGAGGGUUCUACAGCUUUGAUGUGUGCUAGCGAACAUGGACAUGUUGAAAUAGUCAAACUUUUGCUGGCUCAGCCUGGGUGUAAUGGCACCCUGGAGGACAAUGAUGGCAGCACAGCACUUUCAAUAGCCCUGGAAGCUGGACAUAAAGACAUAGCAGUUCUCCUUUAUGCACACGUCAACUUUUCCAAAACCCAGUCACCGGGCACUCCUAGACUUAGCAGAAAGACAUCUCCCGGUCCUACCCACAGAGCUACAUUUGAGUAGUGCUGCAUGAAUACCUGUAAAAAUCGCAAUGCCAUCUUUAAGCUGCUAAAUGUUACUGUUUUACUGAGACAGAUACUGAAUGUAAUUGUCUUGUGCCUGAACUCACCAGCAAAGUGAAAGCAGAGACCUAGUGCUAAAGAUAAAAAAAAAAAACCUUAAACUUGAAGCAAGCAUAUAGUUAGGUAGUACUCAGCUGAGAGCCUUAGCCAGAACUGUUCUUUUUGCUCACCUGCUCAUCUUUCCAUACACUGGCAUUAAUGCUGUUUUUCUCUUAGAUUGUCUUUCCCUAUGUUAUGUACUGCCUGAGAGGUCUAAAGCUAUCCUUGCGGGGGGGGUCCCAGUGGCUUGUUUUACAUCAUUCUAAAACAUUUAUAUUUACUGUGCCUAAACCUUAUCGCAGUAACUCUCAUAAAUUUCAUUCCAACACAAUUUUGAUGUUUUUAAUUAUUUUGAAAUUGAGAAGUUGCAGUUGCUUAUAUAAUGAGCUCCAUGAAGCUUGAGCUGGUGGGUGACUGGAUUAGAUGUUGGGGAUAGAUCCUCUCGUGAGUUCAGAAGUUCACUAAGUAACUUGUUGCUAAUUGGGGAUAAUGUAUAACUUUUAUACGAAAGAUAAAAUUAACUCGCACAGUAUUUUCAACAUUUUAUAUUCCUUAGUAAUUAAAAACUACAUGAAGAAUUACAUGUCAUGUUACCAUAUUUUUAUUAACUGUGUCAGUGUAUAAGCUCCAUUCAUGUUUAUUGGAGAGUAAAAUUACAAGUACCAGCUGUAUAUUCCCCGAGUGGAAAUAAGUGUAGUUCUUCGUGCAUAUUUAUGGAAUGCUACUACCUUGUCACAUUCACUUUAGUCAUGUGUAUUUAAAUGUUUGAAGUGCCUUAGACUCUUGCCAUAUUUUCAGAAUAAAAUUUCAUUAUGCUGUUUUA